AUGCGCGAGUCCGCGGCGCAGCAGCAGGCGGCGUCCCCCGCGCCCGUGCCUUCCGCCGCGCUCUCCGCGCUCCCCUCCCCCGAUUUCUCGACUGCCAGCGCUUAUCCGCAUGCAUCCGCGCCGGCGCCAACGGGGGAAGGCGGACAUGGGGGAGGUAGAUCUGCUAGACGGCCGGCAGCAGGAGGCUCGGGGGGAUUUUCGUUCUAUACGGAUCCUAUGGCAGCCUAUCAGCAGCAGCCACGUGUAGGGUCCGGAUUGGGCCCGCCUGCCGCGCGCACUCCCUCCCCGCGCUUGCCUUCCGCGCAUCUUCCCCCUUCCCCUGUUCCUUCCCCCGCUGGCUCCGCCGGCCACUUGUCUUCCGCAAACCACCAUUCCGUUCCGCCCAGCUACACCCCUCCCCCGGGCCAAUCCCCUCUUCCCGCGCACACCCCCCUUCCGCCCGCCUACACCCCGCCCCCCAACUUCACCCCUCCGCCCAGUUACACCCCUCCGCCUGGCCGCGCCCCUCCCCCAUCUUCCGCGGGUCCCCCAAGCGGGGGACCAUUCAGUGCGCCCAUCCUCCGCCAUCCCCCCCCGGGUGGCGUAAUGGGGGUGGCGUUCUCCCCCCUGCCUGCGCCCAUGCGCCAAGCCACCCCUCCCUCCGCGCCCCUGUACCAGUGA